CUAGAGUAAUUCUCGUUGAAGCUUUUGUUUCACUAAAGCACUUCAUUCACAGGUUCCAUUGCCAUAUCCGGCUAGCCCCAGGAACGGAGCAAACUGUGGCACUCCCGCGUGGCUGUGCGCCUCCGACAACGAUAUGUGUCCAUAGCUCGCACCAACCCCACAACAACACCACAGCCGUGAAAAGUUGUGCAACACUCUCGCCCUGCAUUCUCGCCUCCCUUCCUUUCCUUAAGCGUCUCGCCAAUAUGGCGCUCCUGGGCGCCAUAUCAUUGGGCCUUCUCGCCCUCUCGCCCGUCGCCAGCGCGCAGGUCGCAUCGGACAUCGAGAAAGCGAGCAAUGAAACGCUGUUUUGGGGACCGUACCGCCCGAAUUUGUAUUUCGGCGUCAGGCCGAGGGUGCCGAGGAGCUUGAUGGGGGGAUUGAUGUGGACGCGGGUGGAGGACUAUCAGAGUGUGCAGCAUAACUUCAGACAUACGUGCGAGCAGCACGAGCUCGAUGGUUAUGGCUGGGAUGAAUACGAUGUCAGGACCGGAGGGCGACAAACGAUUCACGACCCCGCGAAUGGGAUCGAUAUAACGACCGAGUUCAUAAAGUUCCCGGGCGGACACAAUGGUGGUAGCUGGGGAGCAAGAAUAAGAGGGACGCCGAGGGAAGACGCAUCUCCUGAUCUAAAGACUACUGUGAUAUGGUACAAUACGUUGGAGGGCCUGGGGAGCUUAGAAGUCGUUAAUGAGGACGCGGAAGAGACGGGUGCUGAGGGCGAUGUAGUGCUGAAGGGACAGACUGUGGAGCUGGGAGACUUUGAGGUGCGGGUAACGGAGGGUCAAGGAGCCCACCCUCGGCACACGCACCCAAGUUACGAUGAGAAGCCUUUGGAUCGGACCUUGGUACACAGCACCCAAUUACCUACGGAGGCACUAUGGCAGACCAAGGCCGUCCUGUUCACGCACAUGAAGAGCGAGAUCGACCAAGCUGUCGGGAAAUACGAAGAAAACAAUCCUCCGCCGCCGCCUCAAAUUUAUACUAUCAAGCAUGCUCCUGGAAGCGGUAACCUGCAUAUGAUACAGAAGGUAUUUGAAGGGCCGUUUGAGUUCGACAUCCUGUUCUCGUCCGGUUCAGCGCCGAAGAAGAUCACGUCGGAAGAUUUGACGGAGCAGAUCAAGUCCGUUACUGCCAGCUUCUCGUCCCGGUUUAUCGAAAUCUUCAAACCCCAGCCGCCAUUCCUCAAGGAGCGAUACCAGGAGUUUUCGAAGUCGUUGUUUUCAAACCUCAUUGGAGGGAUUGGGUAUUUCUUCGGUGACUCCCGCGUCGACCGAUCGUAUGAUCCAGCUUACGAAGAGGACAACGAAGGUUUCUGGGAAGAUGCGGCUGAGGCGCGGAGCAGGAACACCGCGCAGUUCGAAGGGCCGUCCGAGCUGUUUACCAGUAUACCCUCGCGUCCCUUCUUCCCUCGAGGGUUCCUCUGGGAUGAAGGCUUCCAUCUCUUGCCGGUUAUCGACUGGGACAUAGACCUAACGCUGGAUAUCAUCAAGAGUUGGUUCAAGCUGAUGGACGAGGAUGGCUGGAUUGCUCGAGAGCAGAUCCUUGGUGCUGAAGCUCGCAGCAAAGUGCCGGCUGAGUUCCAAGUGCAAUACCCCCAUUACGCGAACCCGCCGACACUGUUCAUGGUCAUUACUACCUUCCUCGACAAGCUAGAUGCUGUGUCAUCCGACUCCAGCAGCGAGAAACUGCUCAAGGAGAAAUCUUACUACAUGCAGCUGUCCAACCGCGAAGCGGCACUGCAAUAUCUGCGCACUCUCUACCCACUGCUGAAGCGCCAUUACUUCUGGUUCCGCAAAACCCAAGCCGGGGAUAUCAAAUCGUAUGAUCGAGAGGCAUUCUCCACAAAGGAAGGAUAUCGCUGGCGCGGCCGUACUCCUCAACACAUCCUCACCUCCGGCCUCGACGACUACCCUCGUGCACAGCCCCCGCAUCCCGGCGAGCUCCACGUCGACCUCAUCUCUUGGAUGGGCAUGAUGACCAAGGCCAUACGACGCAUCGCCAUCUACCUGGACGAGGCCGACGACGCCGCUGAGUUUGCCAAGUAUGAAGAAGCCAUCCUGCAUAACAUUGAUGACCUGCACUGGUCCAAGAAAGACAACAUGUACUGCGAUGCCACUAUUGACGACUACGAGGAGCACAAACUCGUCUGUCACAAGGGUUAUAUCUCACUGUAUCCGUUUUUGACAGGCUUGAUGGGGCCCGAUAGUCCGCACCUGGCCGCUGUGCUGGAUUUGAUGGCCGAUCCGGAGGAGCUGUGGAGUCCGUAUGGCUUGCGCAGCUUGAGUAAGAGCGAUGAGUUUUAUCAUACCGGAGAGGAUUACUGGAGAGGUCCCAUUUGGAUUAAUAUGAAUUAUCUGGCUUUGAGUCAGUUGCUGGACAUUGCACAAUCUUCCGGACCUCACCAAGCGCGCGCCAAACAGCUCUACAGGGAGUUGAGGAAGAAUAUCGUAAACACAGUGUACGAGAGUUGGAAGGAGACAGGAUUUGCAUGGGAGCAGUAUAAUCCUGAGACAGUGAAGGGAUUGCUGCCACCUCUUUUCACGUCCGGCUGAACAUGAGCCUGCGCGCAAACGCUGGCAACCUUUCAACUGGCUGUUUCUUCCUCUUAUGAUAGAGCCUCCGUCCAGGUAUAAUCAGCCUUAAGCCGCCGUGCCCUAGUGGCGUAAUUAGGAUGUGACCAAUUGAAUCACUGCGGGAUGGGUACUCCAGUUUGAGGCAGAAGUACAGGGGGUUGUUCAGUCGGACGUGAAGAGGAGGUAAACCUGUGACGAGGAUGCGAAUGUUUGGGGUUCGAUGUCAUGGACUUGUUAUCGUCCAGAAAUUAGAUGCGGUACCGCUUCGGCGGGGGGAUAGUCUGCAUGCCUAAGUUCAGUAUCCUGCCAGGGCCACAUUCUUGAGUAAAAAGCUUCCUCGAGAUCGGUCGUCGGCCCAUGGUCUUCCAUGAAUCCAGCCUUGAAC